UUGCACCAGACUUAUCUUCGGUAUUCCCCUUAUAGUUCAAGGUCUAUAUCGAAAGUAUACUGACACUUCUGAAAAUGCUAAAACCAAGCGAUACUGCGAGUUCUAAUACCGCAGUAUCCACAAGCAAGCCUGGCUAUAGAGGCUUUCUCUUGGGGUUAAAUCGGAUGUUCAAAGAGAAAGAUUUAAAAGAAUUUAAAUUUGCAUUAAAAGAUGUCAUUCCUGCUCGCAGUUUGGAAGGACUGCAUGAGCCACUUGAUGUGUUUUCAGCUCUGGAAGAUCGCGGUCUGCUUGGACCAGAUAAAUUUGACGAGCUUCGUGGAUUCCUUGAAGAAAUUGAUCGACCAAAAAUGGUUGAUUUGCUCGAUGACUUUGAUGACGCAGGUACAAAAUUUCCUUUGAAGCCAAGAUCAGAUAACCGUCUCGAGAAAGAUGGCUACAGCGUUUCUGUUGAAGGCGGCCGUCAUUUUGAUACAAGUCAAGGCGAAUUCGUUGAAGUUAGAAGUGGAUCAAACUACAGCCUGACGUUGAUCAACAACAACACCCACCGAUGCCUGAUCAACAUUCAGAUUGACGGCUACGAAAUGUUUCCAAACGGAUUGAUUUUUGCACCAAAACAAAUAUACACGAUAGAGCGGCCGUCAAGGAUUGAAGAGAAGUUUAAAUUCUUCGCCAUACGUGAUGCACCAGACGGAUCUGGUAUUAACGGCUGGCGUAAACAUGAGAAUGGCGUAAUUGAAGUGAAAUUUACACCCGAGAGAGCUGGUAUGAAAAUCACUUGCGUAGCACCCGGCUUAGAAACCCGAACAGUUUCUUGUUCCACAAAAGCUACUGAUGUUGCUUUUCUUGAAAUGGUCGCUCGAGUUUUCGAUAACGCCGUCGUGACGGUAAUGAUCAACUCUUGGAAACCGUUGGGAAAGCGCGGGGUGAAACUUACUUGGUAUGGCGUACGUGACGGGUCUAGAGUUAUCGUCAAUGUUGGUGGGGUCGGUGGCGGUGAUCCAAGAGUUCGUAGGGUGGUUGGCCUAAAUAAGGGCGAUGCAACUUCAAAGAAAAACGCCGACUGGACGGCUGAUCAGAGUGCAACUUCAAAGCCAAAGGCGGACGGCGUGUGGAGGGCUGGGGCGACAACCUUGGAAGGCAAGAGUGAUCAGAAGUUUCGGAAGGAACUGAAAUUCCCAACUGAUCCCUCCCGGGCAUCGAUCCUCAACCUACGCCUUGUUGCUCGUGAGAAUGUAAUUCCGUUACCUUCUACAGGUAAUCCAACCCCCCUGACAAGAGCUACCCUCAUACCCCCUCCUGUCCCUAACUAAAGUAAACAAACCACGCAUUGAAAGUCAGGUUGACCGAUGAUUAUAUCAUUCAUAUGUAAUAUGACAGACUUUAAAAGAAGUGGACAGUUACAGUUUUAUAUCUAGCACGAUAUAUUCAGUUUUACAAUAUAUCUGUAUGAUUUGCUUGUAGAAUAAUCCUUUUGUCAAUGUGAAGAAUUCGAGGUUUUAUUAAAUCGUG